AUGAACGGGAUAUUUCCGGCUGAUCUUGCUGUUUACCUCUUCCUAGCCCCUGUUGCGCUGUAUAUUUAUUGGUCCCACCGAUGGAUCGGCUGGCUUCCUUGGACCAACCUUCUCACGUUCUGUGUUGUGCGGAUAGUCGGGGGUGCUAUAGGAGUGAACGACAGUACUAGCAUUGCGGCGAACAUCAUCUCCGGGAUAGGAAUAUCCCCACUGUUAUUGGCUAUCGAUGGACUUCUACACGAAGCUCGGUAUUACCGUCACCCAGAACACAAUGUGCUCCUUGGUCGGAUAGUGGUAAUUGCGAUCACUGGUCUCAUGGGCGCUGGUCUCGGCCUUAGCAUUUCAGGAUCAUUGCAGAUCUACCAAGGUCAAGGGACGACCGAGGACCUUUCGCACUGGAAGGUGGGAACGGGCUUAGUUGUCGCUGUCUGGGCGAUGGAAGUAAUGUGGGCACUCUUCUCCCUUCUUCCAUCCCAAUGCAACAAGAAUGCGCCGGGUUAUAAGGAUGGCACCAAGGCAUGUAACCCUGUGGAUCUGAUGUAUGGGGCUCUUGCUGCUAUUGUCUCCACCGGUGUUCGCGUUAUCUACAAUCUGGUUGCCGUUUGCACUCAGAGAAAGGACCCGAGUCCCGUCUUUGGAUCCAUCGCUGUGCGCGUUGUCCUCGUGUUCCUCCCUGAAGUCCUUGCCGCGUUGUCCAUGAUCCUUGCGGGGCUCUGGAGUAGAAAUAUUUGCAAGCACAACGAAGCGGCGGAGAAGUAUGUAUCAAUAUCUGCCUAA